UGCAAACGUUGCAAGCAACCCCACUUUUCUUUUGUGAUUCAGGUUAAAUUUCAUAAAUGCAACAUCAAAGUCGCGUAGAUAUAUAACUUUGUAUAUUUUGCGUGAACACAUCAGAAGAGUCAAAUAAAGGAGCACUAAGUUGAGCUCUGGUGUGACAAAAAUUCAUCCUGACACCACCCCCACCACUUUCACUCAAAGACUAGCUGAGAAUAGAGUGCAAGGAGUUAAACAUUAUUUCAUAAAAAAUCAAAAUAAGUAUUUUUUUAUAUACACAAAAAUAUAAACAAAAAAAAACUUCAAAAAGUUCCUUUGACACCUUUUGGCAACAAACGAUCAACAAGAAGAGGGGUUUGGGGUAUAACAACAGCAUCAAGCAUCGAGAAGGUCCUGCAGAAGAAACAUACAGAACACAUAUUGCUAUAUAAAAUCUGAAUGGUAGUUGAGGAACAGCUUUAUUCCUAAAGUGUAUAUACACACUGCAAACACUGAAAACUUUGUGAUGUUCCUCCUCGGCAUUGGAAGUAAAAGGAUGAUGCAAAUAACAAGGAGCUAGCAGCAACACUGUUACCAAGAAAGAAGUCCUCUUGCUUUGGUAUAGACGAGAGUAUACAAAACCACACCAUCACCAUUCACCACCACUCACUCUUCACUCAGCUCACCAAACCAAACCACCAACCAUUCCUUUCGCAAAAAAGCCGUCAAUGCAAAUGGAUUCGAAGUGUGUAUCGAACUUUAGAACUCACACCCAGCUCAGAAAUGGGGGGCCUGGAGCUAUCCAUAUUGAUGGAAGCGAGUGCGAUGGUGGUGAAGACAUAAGGACCUGAUUAACAUCAUGCAUAACGAGUGUAAAGAUCCUUCCCCAAAUUGAAGUAGAAGUCCUUCGAUAUUAUUAUGACUUGCAAUGAAAUGAAAGCAUUUUUAUGAUUGAAAAUACUUCUUUGGUCAGAGUCGAAGGAAAUUGAUAAAUUCAAGGACAGAAAAUCAUACUGACCAAAAAUUGAACAAUCGAUUUUGAUGGACGAAAAAAUUUGAGUUAUUUAGAUGAAUAGUUUAAAUUGGUGUUCAAUUUUUUUCAAGUCAUGAAAACCAUUAAUUUCCCAAUUUGACGACAACUUAAUAAAUACACCUAUGGGAAACAAAUAAGAAAUACCGUUAAAAAACAGUAUGACACACAUAAAUCGAAUUGGCAUUUAAAUCACAAAUUCAUGCAACUUUGAAUUAAAAUAAAAAAAAAACGUGCUCUACGUAAUCGCUACCAGACAGACCCCACUUUCAAUUUCAACUACCUCACAGCAUAUGAAUACUAAGUACUUUACUGCGAAGAAGUCGAAAAAAAGAGUAUAAAACAGUAAGUUAGCAACAAGAGAGGUAUCAUAGUUCACUUUUCGUUUCAUCGAAGUUAACCAAACAAACCAACCCAAAACCUUUCAAGAUGUUCAAAUUCGUUACUAUCUGCUUCAUGGCUGUUGUUGCCCUUGCUGCCGCUAAACCAGGAGUUCUUGCCCCAUUGGCCUAUUCAUCACCUUUGGUAGCUGCCCCAGCUGCAUACGCUUCAUACGUUGCACCAUACGCAUCAAGUUACAACGCCCACUCCGUUGCUCACUCUGCUGCCUAUCCAGCUUAUGCUGCCGCUGCUCCAUUGGUUGCUGCUCCAGCUGCAUAUGCUGCUGCUCCUUUAACUGCUCCUCUGGCUUAUACUUCAGCAGCAUAUGCCGCUGCUCCAGCUUUUGCACCAGCAGCCUAUGCUGCACCAGCUCCUUUACUUUUCAAGUGAAAAGGAAAAGAAAACAACGAAUUUGCAACAUACUCUCAGGACUAUGAUCAAGGAUAAUAAAUAAUAAUAUU